AUGAUUCGACAAGACGCCCAUCGUAUCGACCCCAAAAGGCGGGCUGUGAUCGAUCAUAAGAAAAGACAAUUCGCUGUCCCAAUAUACAAGCAGCAGGAAUACCCUCAUCGUCUGAACUUCUAUGAGACGCCUCCUACCGCCGAAAUCACUCUCGAACAAUUUGAGCAAUGGGCCAUUGACAGACUGAAGAUCCUCGCCGAGAUCGAAGCAUGCUCUUAUCGCAACAAAUCCCCCGCGGAGACGGCGACUUAUAUCACGCCUCUUUUGCAGAAAUUCCUCCCUCUUUCCUCGAAUACAUCCUCUUCCAAUGGCGCCAAUGAUUCGCGCUUGAAAAAUGAGCGCCAAAAGGACCAUUAUUCCCACUUCAUCCUCCGAUUGGCCUUCUCAGCUACAGAAGACCUCCGUCGGCGAUUCGCGCGCGCCGAAACCAUGCUUUUCAGAUUCCGUUUCCAGAAUGACGACUCGAGGGAAAAGCGUGCAUUCAUCGACAGUCUCAGUCUAGACUGGGAGCCAGUCAGUGAUUUUGAGAGAACGGAGGUUGCGGAGAGCCUGGCCAGUUCCACCCCGGGCUUGCGUCGAGUAGAUGAAGAGACUUGGUACAAAGUCGAUUGGGAGAAGGUGCCUGAGCUGAUCGAAAAGCGAUCAGUUUACUUGAAGAAAGGAAAAGCAUAUGUUCCUGGAAGGGAACAGCUUAGCAUGAUCAUGGCUGAGUUCACUGCUCGCUUGGAGCGUGCACUUGAGCUCACGAGCCGUGCUCUCCCCCGAUUGGAUGAGGAUGAUCGUCUCACGCCUAUUUUGAACCACCUCUCGAAGAACUUCGGCAGUGCCGAAUCAGUAUACUCAGAGGGCGAAGGAUAUGUGGACGGUGCUCCGAUCACAGCCAGCUCUAUUGAUCAGCUUGCGCAGCAACACUUCCCUCUGUGCAUGAAGAGCUUGCAUGGGAAUUUGCGGAAGAACAACCACCUGAAGCACUUUGGUCGACUCCAGUAUACUCUUUUCUUAAAAGGUAUUGGUUUAUCCCUGGAGGAGUGUAUUCUGUUCUGGCGCCAGUCUUUUAAGGGUAAGACGGAUGAUGAAUUUAACUCCCAGUACAAGUACAACAUUCGCCACGCCUAUGGUGAAGUUGGUGGAGAUGUGAACCGUCGCGGAAAGGGCUAUACUCCCUACUCGUGCCAGAAGAUCCUCGGCGAUUCCAACCCCGGCAUUGGACAGACUCACGGCUGUCCCUAUCGUCAUUUCUCCGUUGAUAACCUGGUUGGUUUCCUCCAAGCUACAGGCGUCAAUGAUAAAGAGACUCUGCGGGGUGUGCGUGAGGAUGUUGGCAAGCAGCGGUACCAUAUUGCAUGCAACCGAGUCUUCGAGUCGACGCACAAGAACGAGAUCAAGAAGGUCAAGGAGGACGGAACCUGGAGCCAGACUGAUCUUGAUACAAUUGUUCACCCGAACACAUACUUCAAGCGGAGCUUCCUGCUCAAGCAGAUGGCCAGGGCGCCGAAGGAUAGUUAA